CGCGAGCCGCCGGCCCAGACGGACACUCAUCGCGGCUGCACUAACUCGCUGCUUCGUCCUCGGUCCCUUACUCGCCGACGACUCGUACAUCGUGGCAAUUCGAUCGUGUGGCGAAAAGAAAGAAUGUGGUUGCUGAAGUUUUGGACGCUCGUUGCCGUGGCCCUCGUUGCCGUGGCGGCGAAACAGAGCGAAGGCGAGGAGAGAUUCGACGAGGCCGUCGACGAGACUUUCGUGAUCAGCGACAUCGCCGAGGAGUCGGUGCCAGCGCUACCUGGUCUUCUUUAUCCCAGGGAAAGUGAGUCCCGCGAGGUCAAAUCGCUGGACGGCUUUUGGGACUUUGCGGUGCCGCCGAGCAAUGACGUGCAUCAAGGACAUCGCGAGAAGUGGUUCGCCAGUCGCUUGUCUAAGAUGACCGAGGUGAUGAAGAUGCCCGUGCCAUCGUCCUACAACGACAUCACCACGUCGCGAGCGCUUCGAGAUCACGUCGGUCCAGUCUGGUACGAGAGGAGCUUCUUUGUGCCGGCCUCCUGGAGGAGCAAACGUGUCUUCUUGCGCUUUGGAUCCGUCAAUUACCUUGCUGAAGUGUGGUUAAACGGGGAUCUAAUGACCAACCACGAAAUGGGCCAUUUGCCCUUCGAAGUGGAAAUUACAACGUCGGUCUUGUACGGUGAGGAAAAUCGUGUGACCGUAGCCGUGGAUAACAUGCUUAUUCAAACUAGCGUGCCUCAAGGCACAGUCACUGAUACCGAUGCUGACAAUGGCACUGUCAAGAUACAAAGCUACACCUUCGAUUUCUUCAACUACGCCGGCAUACACAGACCAGUAUUAUUGCACACGAAGCCGCGAGUCUACAUCGUCGACGUGAACGUGAACACAAGCCUGAAGAGCGGAGUUGGCUUAUUGAAAUACAGCAUCGACAUCGCGGGGCUACGCGACAAGGAAAUACCGUACUGCCAAGUGAAUCUACUCGACAAUGUCAAUCAAUACGCCGUUAACGGACCUUACGUUGGGACUCAGGGAACGAUAAGGGUCGCGUCGCCACGGCUGUGGUGGCCAAGAUCGAUGAGCAAGGAUCCUGGCUACAUGUACACUUUGGAGAUAAUGGUUUUGGUACCAAACGUAACCGAGCCAGAUGUCUAUCGUUUGCCGGUGGGCAUCAGAAGCUUGAAAUGGACCAACGCGUCUUUCCUGAUCAACGACAAGCCGGUCUACUUCCGCGGCUUUGGCAGACACGAGGAUUCGGCGAUUAGAGGCCGUGGCUUGGACUUGGUCACCACUGCGCGCGACUACGAGCUUCUCAAGUGGGUCGGCGCCAACUCCUACCGGACCAGCCAUUAUCCCUACAGCGACGAAGUUCUCGAUCACGCUGAUAAAAUGGGUAUAAUGAUCAUCGACGAAUGCCCGUCGGUGGACACGGAAAACUUUUCAGCAGCCCUGCUGAAGAAGCACAAGCAAUCUCUGUCGGAACUGAUUCGCCGUGACAAAAAUCGACCGUCGGUCGUAAUGUGGUCGAUUGCCAACGAACCGAGAACGCAGCUCGCCAACGCCGGGGAUUACUUCGAGAAAGUGGCUCGUCACACGAGAACGCUCGACCCCUCGAGGGCGGUGACCCUCGCGUUCGCCCGCGGCGUCUUGGAGGAUAAGGCAGGCCCGUACGUGGACGUGAUUAGUUUCAAUCGGUACAACGCCUGGUAUUCGAAUACCGGCCGGCUCGACAUGAUAACCAGUCGCGUUAUCAAAGAGGCCCAAACCUGGCACACCAAGUACAACAAGCCGGUGCUCAUGUCGGAAUACGGCGCCGACACUAUGUCCGGCCUUCACGAGUUGCCGGAGUACGUGUGGAGCGAGGAGUACCAGAUGGAAACUAUGUCCCGUCAUUUCGAAGCUUUCGAUCUGCUGCGCGCGCAGGGCUUCUUCAUCGGCGAGUUUAUCUGGAACUUCGCCGACUUUCGAACCGCCCAAUCUUACACUAGAGUGGGCGGUAACAAGAAGGGAAUCUUCACGCGCGACAGACAGCCGAAGAUGGUGGCACACCACGUGCGUCGAAGAUACCACUCGCUCAGCGCCAGACUGGACGACAAACCAGAGGUGCCCAACGAUCUCGAGAACUACAUCUCACUGUUUUACGAUUAAAACUCUCUCUCUCUCUCUCUGCCAAUGGCGAUUGCGUAUUCAAAGACUGCCUGUUGAUUUCCAGAUUGAGCCCUGUAGUCUUUCCGUGUUUUAUAUUGUUGCUGUUUUAACGGUAAUCUUCAUCGUUGUAACCUACUGUUUCUUCGUGUUUCAUGGAUUACGCUACUUCGAGCAGGUGCGAUGAUCAUUUCAGACUUUCUUGACAGAUGAUUCUCACGACUCUUUGUUUCAUUUUCACGUCAGUCUACUCGUGUGCGAAUGUCUGCAUUUACUCAAGAUGAACUUAUUUCUUCUUUUAUAACGAAUUUGUAUAUACAAUGCGUCGUAUUUUGUAUAUUUUAACGAUUUAAAUACAUAUUACAAUGAAACUCUGCUUUUCGCACGAUUUGUUUAGUUGAUGCGCCUGUACUAAGCGGCAGUUCGGUAUUCACGUUUUCUGUAAUACGAGUAUAGUGAAUUCCUAUGUAGAUAAAGGCUUAUCGCGUAAUGAUAGCUUUAUAUUAGAUAAGAAAAUUUCCUCCAUCCUAAAUGAACCUGGGCGUAUAAUUGUUACUAGCGUACACAUAUGCUUGGCGAACACAUGGCUUCUUUGUUUUUAAGCUUUUCAAUCAUUUCAGUGUUUCUUAAACAGUGUAUACGUACAUAAGUCUGCCUGUCGUCUUUCGCAUAAAAAAUAUGGAAUUUAUCGGCAUUGGCAAACAUUCUUAACUAUUUU